UGAAAGCUAGGCAUUAUAAAUAAUGUGAUUAUGCAUCAACUUGUGACUCAAGCCUUCAACAUUUCUCCUUUUAGCUUCCAUUACUUGUUUUAACGAUGAGAAAGGGUUCUUCUCUCUACUCUGCACUCUUGUGCUUCUGCUUGUUGCUACUUGCCAACUUAGGUUCUGUUCUUUCCAUAUCUCAAAUUUCAGGCAAUGAAGUGAACAAGGAUGGGAAGGUUGUGAAUGAAGAAUUAGGAAAAGUAAAUGUAGAAGGAGACGAUGAAGAAUCAAAGUUCAAAGGGUUGUUUCCUAAACCAAUUCCAUUUGCUAAACCUAUUCCAAAGCCAGUUCCUCUCAUUAAACCUAUUCCUAUUCCAUUUUACAAGAAACCUACACCAAAACCAAUUCCAGAUAUUAAGCCAAUUCCCAGUGAAGAAGCAAAAUUCAAAGGUAUUUUCCCAAAACCUAUUCCCAUAGUUAAGCCAGUACCAAAGAUAAUUCCUGUUGUUAAGCCAAUUCCUAUUCUUAAACCUGUUCCAAAGAUAAUUCCUAUUGUUAAACCAAUUCCUAUUCUUAAACCUGUUCCAAAGGUAGUUCCCAUUGUUAAGCCAAUUCCUAUUAUUAAACCUGUUCCAAAGGUAGUUCCCAUUGUUAAGCCAAUUCCUAUUCUUAAACCUGUUCCAAAGCCAAUUGUUAAGCCAAUUCCUGUCCUUAAACCUGUUCCGGAACCAUUUGUUAAGCCAAUUCCUAAACCAUUUGCUGUGAAAAACCCUAUUCCUACCAUUGAGUCAGAGGAAUUCUUAAAACCAAAGCCUUUUUUCAAGAAGUCUAUUCCUAAACUACCAUUUUAUCCCAAAUUCAAGAAACCAUUUCUACCCAAAUUGCCUAUUCAGAAGCCAAUUCCAUCUCCUUAAAAUGAGAACACUCUACCUCUUCAAAAUAUAAGGAUAAUGGUUUUAUAUAUGUGACACCAUGUUUGAUUCAACCUCAAUCAUAAUUUGGAUAAUCCUUUGGUACCCGUCUUGUGUACUCGAUUCCAAAUAUAUAUGUACUUGAUGUUUUUCAUUAAUGAAAUUCUCCAUAUUAUGUUAAAAUAACAAAUGUUACUUA